AUGCGCGAGUGCGAGUGCGAGUGCGUGCGCGAGUGCGUGCGGGAGCGCGUGCGCGAGUGCAUGUGCGAGUGUGGGCAAGAGUACGUGCGCGAGUGUGCGCGUGAGUGCGCGUGGGAGCGGGUGCGCGAGUGCGUGUGCGAGUGUGGGCAAGAGUGCUGUGCGCGUGAGUGCGCGUGGGAGCGGGUGCGCGAGUGUGGGCGCGAGUGCGUGCGCGAGUGCGUGCGCGAGUGCGAGUGCGUGCGCGAGUGCGUGCGGGAGCGCGUGCGCGAGUGCGUGUGCGAGUGUGGGCGCGAGUGCGUGCGCGAGUGCGUGCGGGAGCGCGUGCGCGAGUGCGUGCGCGAGUGUGGGCGCGAGUGCGUGCGCGAGUGCGUGCGCGAGUGCGAGUGCGUGCGCGAGUGCGUGCGGGAGCGCGUGCGCGAGUGCGUGUGCGAGUGUGGGCGCGAGUGCGUGCGCGAGUGCGUGCGGGAGCGCGUGCGCGAGUGCGUGUGCGAGUGUGGGCAAGAGUGCGUGCGCGAGUGUGCGCGUGAGUGCGCGUGGGAGCGUGUGCGCGAGUGCGUGUGCGAGUGUGGGCGCGAGUGCGUGCGCGAGUGCGUGCGCGAGUGCGAGUGCGUGCGCGAGUGCGUGCGGGAGCGCGUGGGCGAGUGCGUGUGCGAGUGUGGGCAAGAGUGCGUGCGCGAGUGUGCGCGUGAGUGCGCGUGGGAGCGGGUGCGCGAGUGUGGGCGCGAGUGCGUGCGCGAGUGCGUGCGCGAGUGCGAGUGCGUGCGCGAGUGCGUGCGCGAGUGCGUGCGGGAGCGCGUGCGCGAGUGCGUGUGCGAGUGUGGGCAAGAGUGCGUGCGCGAGUGUGCGCGUGAGUGCGCGUGGGAGCGGGUGCGCGAAUGCGUGUGCGAGUGUGGGCGCGAGUGCGUGCACGAGUGCGUGCGCGAGUGCGAGUGCGUGCGCGAGUGCGUGCGGGAGCGCGUGCGCGAGUGCGUGUGCGAGUGUGGGCAAGAGUGUGUGCGCGAGUGCGUGCGGGAGCGCGUGCGCGAGUGCGCGUGGGAGCGGGUGCGCGAGUGCGUGUGCGAGUGUGGGCAAGAGUGCGUGCGCGAGUGCGUGCGCGAGUGCGAGUGCGUGCGCGAGUGCGUGCGGGAGCGCGUGCGCGAGUGCGUGUGCGAGUGUGGGCAAGAGUACGUGCGCGAGUGUGCGCGUGAGUGCGCGUGGGAGCGGUGCGUGCGCGAGUGCGAUUGCGUGCGGGAGAGCGUGCGCGAGUGCGUGUGCGAGUGUGGGCAAGAGUGCGUGCGCGAGUGUGCGCGUGAGUGCGCGUGGGAGCGGGUGCGCGAGUGCGUGUGCGAGUGUGGGCAAGAGUGCUGUGCGCGUGAGUGCGCGUGGGAGCGGGUGCGCGAGUGUGGGCGCGAGUGCGUGCGCGAGUGCGUGCGCGAGUGCGAGUGCGUGCGCGAGUGCGUGCGGGAGCGCGUGCGCGAGUGCGUGUGCGAGUGUGGGCGCGAGUGCGUGCGCGAGUGCGUGCGGGAGCGCGUGCGCGAGUGCGUGUGCGAGUGUGGGCAAGAGUGCGUGCGCGAGUGUGCGCGUGAGUGCGCGUGGGAGCGGGUGCGCGAGUGCGUGUGCGAGUGUGGGCGCGAGUGCGUGCGCGAGUGCGUGCGCGAGUGCGAGUGCGUGCGCGAGUGCGUGCGGGAGCGCGUGCGCGAGUGCAUGUGCGAGUGUGGGCAAGAGUACGUGCGCGAGUGUGCGCGUGAGUGCGCGUGGGAGCGGGUGCGCGAGUGCGUGUGCGAGUGUGGGCGCGAGUGCUGUGCGCGUGAGUGCGCGUGGGAGCGGGUGCGCGAGUGUGGGCGCGAGUGCGUGCGCGAGUGCGUGCGCGAGUGCGAGUGCGUGCGCGAGUGCGUGCGGGAGCGCGUGCGCGAGUGCGUGUGCGAGUGUGGGCGCGAGUGCGUGCGCGAGUGCGUGCGGGAGCGCGUGCGCGAGUGCGUGUGCGAGUGUGGGCAAGAGUGCGUGCGCGAGUGUGCGCGUGAGUGCGCGUGGGAGCGUGUGCGCGAGUGCGUGUGCGAGUGUGGGCGCGAGUGCGUGCGCGAGUGCGUGCGCGAGUGCGAGUGCGUGCGCGAGUGCGUGCGGGAGCGCGUGGGCGAGUGCGUGUGCGAGUGUGGGCAAGAGUGCGUGCGCGAGUGUGCGCGUGAGUGCGCGUGGGAGCGGGUGCGCGAGUGCGUGUGCGAGUGUGGGCGCGAGUGCGUGCGCGAGUGCGUGCGCGAGUGCGAGUGCGUGCGCGAGUGCGUGCGGGAGCGCGUGCGCGAGUGCGUGUGCGAGUGUGGGCAAGAGUGCGUGCGCGAGUGUGCGCGUGAGUGCGCGUGGGAGCGGGUGCGCGAAUGCGUGUGCGAGUGUGGGCGCGAGUGCGUGCACGAGUGCGUGCGCGAGUGCGAGUGCGUGCGCGAGUGCGUGCGGGAGCGCGUGCGCGAGUGCGUGUGCGAGUGUGGGCAAGAGUGCGUGCGCGAGUGUGCGCGUGAGUACGCGUGGGAGCGGGUGCGCGAGUGCGUGUGCGAGUGUGGGCAAGAGUGCGUGCGCGAGUGUGCGCGUGAGUGCGCGUGGGAGCGUGUGCGCGAGUGCGUGUGCGAGUGUGGGCGCGAGUGCGUGCGCGAGUGCGUGCGCGAGUGCGAGUGCGUGCGGGAGCGCGUGGGCGAGUGCGUGUGCGAGUGUGGGCAAGAGUGUGUGCGCGACUGUGCGCGUGAAUGCGCGUGGGAGCGGGUGCGCGAGUGCGUGUGCGAGUGUGGGCGCGAGUGCGUGCGCGAGUGCGUGCGCGAGUGCGAGUGCGUGCGCGAUUGCGUGCGGGAAUGCGUGCGCGAGUGCGUGUGCGAGUGUGGGCAAGAGAGCGUGCGCGAGUGUGCGCGUGAGUGCGCGUGGGAGCGGGUGCGCGAGUGCGUGUGCGAGUGCGUGCGCGAGUGCGUGCGGGAGCGCGUGCGCCAGUGCGUGUGCGAGUGUGGGCAAGAGUGCGUGCGCGAGUGCGUGCGCGAGUGCGAGUGCGUGCGCGAGUGCGGGCGCGAGUGCGUGUGCGAGUGUGGGCAAGAGUGCGUGCGCGAGUGUGCGCGUGAGUGCGCGUGGGAGCGGGUGCGCGAAAGCGUGUGCGAGUGUGGGCGCGAGUGCGUGCGCGAGUGCGUGCCGGAGUGCGAGUGCGUGCGCGAGUGCGUGCGCGAGUGCGAGUGCGUGCGGGAGCGCGUGCGCGAGUGCGUGUGCGAGUGUGGGCAAGAGUGCGUGCGCGAGUGUGCGCGUGAGUGCGCGUGGGAGCGGGUGCGCGAAAGCGUGUGCGAGUGUGGGCGCGAGUGCGUGCGCGAGUGCGUGCCGGAGUGCGAGUGCGUGCGCGAGUGCGUGCGGGAGCAGUGCGUGCGCGAGUGUGCGCGUGAGUGCGCGUGGGAGCGGGUGCGCGAAUGCGUGUGCGAGUGUGGGCAAGAGUGCGUGCGCGAGUGUGCGCGUGAGUGCGCGUGGGAGCGGGUGCGCGAGUGCGUGUGCGAGUGUGGGCGCGAGUGCGUGCGCGAGUGCGUGCGCGAGUGCGAGUGCGUGCGCGAGUGCGUGCGGGAGCGCGUGCGCAAGUGCGUGUGCGAGUGUGGGCAAGAGUGCGUGCGCCAGUGUGCGCGUGAGUGCGCGCGGGAGCGCGUGCGCGAGUGCGUGCGCGAGUGUGGGCGCGAGUGCGUGCGCGAGUGCGUGCGCGAGUGCGAGUGCGUGCGCGAGUGCGUGCGGGAGCGCGUGCGCGAGUGCGUGUGCGAGUGUGGGCGCGAGUGCGUGCGCGAGUGCGUGCGGGAGCGCGUGCGCGAGUGCGUGUGCGAGUGUGGGCAAGAGUGCGUGCGCGAGUGUGCGCGUGAGUGCGCGUGGGAGCGUGUGCGCGAGUGCGUGUGCGAGUGUGGGCGCGAGUGCGUGCGCGAGUGCGUGCGCGAGUGCGAGUGCGUGCGCGAGUGCGUGCGGGAGCGCGUGGGCGAGUGCGUGUGCGAGUGUGGGCAAGAGUGCGUGCGCGAGUGUGCGCGUGAGUGCGCGUGGGAGCGGGUGCGCGAGUGUGGGCGCGAGUGCGUGCGCGAGUGCGUGCGCGAGUGCGAGUGCGUGCGCGAGUGCGUGCGCGAGUGCGUGCGGGAGCGCGUGCGCGAGUGCGUGUGCGAGUGUGGGCAAGAGUGCGUGCGCGAGUGUGCGCGUGAGUGCGCGUGGGAGCGGGUGCGCGAAUGCGUGUGCGAGUGUGGGCGCGAGUGCGUGCACGAGUGCGUGCGCGAGUGCGAGUGCGUGCGCGAGUGCGUGCGGGAGCGCGUGCGCGAGUGCGUGUGCGAGUGUGGGCAAGAGUGUGUGCGCGAGUGCGUGCGGGAGCGCGUGCGCGAGUGCGCGUGGGAGCGGGUGCGCGAGUGCGUGUGCGAGUGUGGGCAAGAGUGCGUGCGCGAGUGCGUGCGCGAGUGCGAGUGCGUGCGCGAGUGCGUGCGGGAGCGCGUGCGCGAGUGCGUGUGCGAGUGUGGGCAAGAGUACGUGCGCGAGUGUGCGCGUGAGUGCGCGUGGGAGCGGUGCGUGCGCGAGUGCGAUUGCGUGCGGGAGAGCGUGCGCGAGUGCGUGUGCGAGUGUGGGCAAGAGUGCGUGCGCGAGUGUGCGCGUGAGUGCGCGUGGGAGCGGGUGCGCGAGUGCGUGUGCGAGUGUGGGCAAGAGUGCUGUGCGCGUGAGUGCGCGUGGGAGCGGGUGCGCGAGUGUGGGCGCGAGUGCGUGCGCGAGUGCGUGCGCGAGUGCGAGUGCGUGCGCGAGUGCGUGCGGGAGCGCGUGCGCGAGUGCGUGUGCGAGUGUGGGCGCGAGUGCGUGCGCGAGUGCGUGCGGGAGCGCGUGCGCGAGUGCGUGUGCGAGUGUGGGCAAGAGUGCGUGCGCGAGUGUGCGCGUGAGUGCGCGUGGGAGCGGGUGCGCGAGUGCGUGUGCGAGUGUGGGCGCGAGUGCGUGCGCGAGUGCGUGCGCGAGUGCGAGUGCGUGCGCGAGUGCGUGCGGGAGCGCGUGCGCGAGUGCAUGUGCGAGUGUGGGCAAGAGUACGUGCGCGAGUGUGCGCGUGAGUGCGCGUGGGAGCGGGUGCGCGAGUGCGUGUGCGAGUGUGGGCGCGAGUGCUGUGCGCGUGAGUGCGCGUGGGAGCGGGUGCGCGAGUGUGGGCGCGAGUGCGUGAGCGAGUGCGUGCGCGAGUGCGAGUGCGUGCGCGAGUGCGUGCGGGAGCGCGUGCGCGAGUGCGUGUGCGAGUGUGGGCGCGAGUGCGUGCGCGAGUGCGUGCGGGAGCGCGUGCGCGAGUGCGUGUGCGAGUGUGGGCAAGAGUGCGUGCGCGAGUGUGCGCGUGAGUGCGCGUGGGAGCGUGUGCGCGAGUGCGUGUGCGAGUGUGGGCGCGAGUGCGUGCACGAGUGCGUGCGCGAGUGCGAGUGCGUGCGCGAGUGCGUGCGGGAGCGCGUGCGCGAGUGCGUGUGCGAGUGUGGGCAAGAGUGCGUGCGCGAGUGUGCGCGUGAGUACGCGUGGGAGCGGGUGCGCGAGUGCGUGUGCGAGUGUGGGCGCGAGUGCGUGCGCGAGUGCGUGCGGGAGCGCGUGCGCGAGUGCGUGUGCGAGUGUUGGCAAGAGUGCGUGCGCGAGUGUGCGCGUGAGUGCGCGUGGGAGCGGGUGCGCGAGUGCGUGUGCGAGUGUGGGCGCGAGUGCGUGCGCGAGUGCGUGCGCGAGUGCGAGUGCGUGCGCGAGUGCGUGCGGGAGCGCGUGCGCGAGUGCGUGUGCGAGUGUGGGCAAGAGUGCGUGCGCGAGUGUGCGCGUGAGUGCGCGUGGGAGCGGGUGCGCGAAUACGUGUGCGAGUGUGGGCGCGAGUGCGUGCACGAGUGCGUGCGCGAGUGCGAGUGCGUGCGCGAGUGCGUGCGGGAGCGCGUGCGCGAGUGCGUGUGCGAGUGUGGGCAAGAGUGCGUGCGCGAGUGUGCGCGUGAGUACGCGUGGGAGCGGGUGCGCGAGUGCGUGUGCGAGUGUGGGCGCGAGUGCGUGCGCGAGUGCGUGCGGGAGCGCGUGCGCGAGUGCGUGUGCGAGUGUGGGCAAGAGUGCGUGCGCGAGUGUGCGCGUGAGUGCGCGUGGGAUCGUGUGCGCGAGUGCGUGUGCGAGUGUGGGCGCGAGUGCGUGCGCGAGUGCGUGCGCGAGUGCGAGUGCGUGCGGGAGCGCGUGGGCGAGUGCGUGUGCGAGUGUGGGCAAGAGUGUGUGCGCGACUGUGCGCGUGAAUGCGCGUGGGAGCGGGUGCGCGAGUGCGUGUGCGAGUGUGGGCGCGAGUGCGUGCGCGAGUGCGUGCGCGAGUGCGAGUGCGUGCGCGAUUGCGUGCGGGAAUGCGUGCGCGAGUGCGUGUGCGAGUGUGGGCAAGAGAGCGUGCGCGAGUGUGCGCGUGAGUGCGCGUGGGAGCGGGUGCGCGAGUGCGUGUGCGAGUGCGUGCGCGAGUGCGUGCGGGAGCGCGUGCGCCAGUGCGUGUGCGAGUGUGGGCAAGAGUGCGUGCGCGAGUGCGUGCGCGAGUGCGAGUGCGUGCGCGAGUGCGGGCGCGAGUGCGUGUGCGAGUGUGGGCAAGAGUGCGUGCGCGAGUGUGCGCGUGAGUGCGCGUGGGAGCGGGUGCGCGAAAGCGUGUGCGAGUGUGGGCGCGAGUGCGUGCGCGAGUGCGUGCCGGAGUGCGAGUGCGUGCGCGAGUGCGUGCGCGAGUGCGAGUGCGUGCGGGAGCGCGUGCGCGAGUGCGUGUGCGAGUGUGGGCAAGAGUGCGUGCGCGAGUGUGCGCGUGAGUGCGCGUGGGAGCGGGUGCGCGAAAGCGUGUGCGAGUGUGGGCGCGAGUGCGUGCGCGAGUGCGUGCCGGAGUGCGAGUGCGUGCGCGAGUGCGUGCGGGAGCAGUGCGUGCGCGAGUGUGCGCGUGAGUGCGCGUGGGAGCGGGUGCGCGAAUGCGUGUGCGAGUGUGGGCAAGAGUGCGUGCGCGAGUGUGCGCGUGAGUGCGCGUGGGAGCGGGUGCGCGAGUGCGUGUGCGAGUGUGGGCGCGAGUGCGUGCGCGAGUGCGUGCGCGAGUGCGAGUGCGUGCGCGAGUGCGUGCGGGAGCGCGUGCGCAAGUGCGUGUGCGAGUGUGGGCAAGAGUGCGUGCGCCAGUGUGCGCGUGAGUGCGCGUGGGAGCGGGUGCGCGAAUGCGUGUGCGAGUGUGGGCGCGAGUGCGUGCGCGAGUGCGUGCGCGAGUGCGAGUGCGUGCGCGACGUGUGCGAGUGUGGGCGCGAGUGCGUGCGCGAGUGCGUGCGGGAGCGCGUGCGCGAGUGCGUGUGCGAGUGUGGGCAAGAGUGCGUGCGCGAGUGUGCGCGUGAGUGCGCGUGGGAGCGUGUGCGCGAGUGCGUGUGCGAGUGUGGGCGCGAGUGCAUGCUUGAGUGCGAGUGCGUGCGCGAGUGCGUGCGGGAGCGCGUGGGCGAGUGCGUGUGCGAGUGUGGGCAAGAGUGUGUGCGCGAGUGUGCGCGUGAGUGCGCGUGGGAGCGGGUGCGCGAGUGCGUGUGCGAGGGUGGGCGCGAGUGCUGUGCGCGUGAGUGCGCGUGGGAGCGGGUGCGCGAGUGCGUGUGCGAGUGCGUGCGCGAGUGCGUGCGGGAGCGCGUGCGCGAGUGCGUGUGCGAGUGUGGGCAAGAGUGCGUGCGCGAGUGUGCGCGUGAGUGCGCGUGGGAGCGGGUGCGCGAGUGCGUGUGCGAGUGUGGGCGCGAGUGCGUGCGCGAGUGCGUGCGCGAGUGCGAGUGCGUGCGCGAGUGCGUGCGGGAGCGCGUGCGCGAGUGCGUGUGCGAGUGUGGGCAAGAGUACGUGCGCGAGUGUGCGCGUGAGUGCGCGUGGGAGCGGUGCGAUUGCGUGCGGGAGCGCGUGCGCGAGUGCGUGUGCGAGUGUGGGCAAGAGUGCGUGCGCGAGUGUGCGCGUGAGUGCGCGUGGGAGCGGGUGCGCGAGUGCGUGUGCGAGUGUGGGCGCGAGUGCUGUGCGCGUGAGUGCGCGUGGGAGCGGGUGCGCGAGUGUGGGCGCGAGUGCGUGCGCGAGUGCGUGCGCGAGUGCGAGUGCGUGCGCGAGUGCGUGCGGGAGCGCGUGCGCGAGUGCGUGUGCGAGUGUGGGCGCGAGUGCGUGCGCGAGUGCGUGCGGGAGCGCGUGCGCGAGUGCGUGUGCGAGUGUGGGCAAGAGUGCGUGCGCGAGUGUGCGCGUGAGUGCGCGUGGGAGCGUGUGCGCGAGUGCGUGUGCGAGUGUGGGCUCGAGUGCGUGCGCGAGUGCGUGCGCGAGUGCGAGUGCGUGCGCGAGUGCGUGCGGGAGCGCGUGGUGUGCGCGUGGGAGCGGGUGCGCGAGUGCGUGUGCGAGUGUGGGCGCGAGUGCGUGCGCGAGUGCGUGCGCGAGUGCGAGUGCGUGCGCGAGUGCGUGCGGGAGCGCGUGCGCGAGUGCGUGUGCGAGUGUGGGCAAGAGUGCGUGCGCGAGUGUGCGCGUGAGUGCGCGUGGGAGCGGGUGCGCGAAUGCGUGUGCGAGUGUGGGCGCGAGUGCGUGCGCGAGUGCGUGCGCGAGUGCGAGUGCGUGCGCGAGUGCGUGCGGGAGCGCGUGCGCGAGUGCGUGUGCGAGUGUGGGCUAGAGUGCGUGCGCGAGUGUGCGCGUGAGUACGCGUGGGAGCGGUGCGUGCGCGAGUGCGAGUGCGUGCGGGAGCGCGUGGGCGAGUGCGUGUGCGAGUGUGGGCAAGAGUGUGUGCGCGACUGUGCGCGUGAGUGCGCGUGGGAGCGGGUGCGCGAGUGCGUGUGCGAGUGUGGGCGCGAGUGCGUGCGCGAGUGCGUGCGCGAGUGCGAGUGCGUGCGCGAGUGCGUGCGGGAGUGCGUGCGCGAGUGCGUGUGCGAGUGUGGGCAAAAGAGCGUGCGCGAGUGUGCGCGUGAGUGCGCGUGGGAGCGGGGGCGCGAGUGCGUGUGCGAGUGCGUGCGCGAGUGCGUGCGGGAGCGCGUGCGCCAGUGCGUGUGCGAGUGUGGGCAAGAGUGCGUGCGCGAGUGCGAGUGCGUGCGCGAGUGCGUUCGCGAGUGCGAGUGUGGGCGGGAGUGCGUGCGCGAGUGCGAGUGCGUGCGCGAGUGCGUGCGGGAGCGCGUGCGCGAGUGCGUGUGCGAGUGUGGGCAAGAGCGCGUGCGCGAAUGUGCGCGUGAGUGCACGUGGGAGCGGCUGCGCGAGUGCGUGUGCGAGUGUGGGCAAGUGUGCGUGCGCGAGUGCGAGUGUGGGCGCGAGUGCGUGCGCGAGUGCGUGCGCGAGUGCGAGUGCGUGCGCGAGUGCGUGCGGGAGCGCGUGCGCGAGUGCGUGUGCGAGUGUGGGCAAGAGCGCGUGCGCGAGUGUGCGCGUGAGUGCACGUGGGAGCGGCUGCGCGAGUGCGUGUGCGAGUGCGUGCGCGAGUGCGUGCGCGAGUGCGAGUGUGGGCGCGAGUGCGUGCGCGAGUGCGUGCGCGAGUGCGAGUGCGUGCGCGAGUGCGUGCGGGAGCGCGUGCGCGAGUGCGUGUGCGAGUGUGGGCAAGAGCGCGUGCGCGAGUGUGCGCGUGAGUGCACGUGGGAGCGGCUGCGCGAGUGCGUGUGCGAGUGUGGGCAAGAGUGCGUGCGCGAGUGCGAGUGUGGGCGCGAGUGCGUGCGCGAGUGCGUGCGCGAGUGCGUGCGCGAGUGCGAGUGCGUGCGCGAGUGCGUGCGGGAGCGCGUGCGCGAGUGCGUGUGCGAGUGUGGGCAAGAGCGCGUGCGCGAGUGUGCGCGUGAGUGCACGUGGGAGCGGCUGCGCGAGUGCGUGUGCGAGUGCGUGCGCGAGUGCAUGCGCGAGUGCGAGUGUGGGCGCGAGUGCGUGCGCGAGUGCGAGUGCGUGCGCGAGUGCGUGCGGGAGCGCGUGCGCGAGUGCGUGUGCGAGUGUGGGCAAGAGCGCGUGCGCGAGUGUGCGCGUGAGUGCACGUGGGAGCGGCUGCGCGAGUGCGUGUGCGAGUGCGUGCGCGAGUGCGUGCGCGAGUGCGAGUGUGGGCGCGAGUGCGUGCGCGAGUGCGUGCGCGAGUGCGAGUGCGUGCGCGAGUGCGUGCGGGAGCGCGUGAGCGAGUGCGUGUGCGAGUGUGGGCAAGAGCGCGUGCGCGGGUGUGCGCGUGAGCGCGCGUGGGAGCAGGUGCGCGAGUGCGUGUGCGAGUGUGGGCAAGAGUGCGUGCGCGAGUGUGCGCGUGAGUGCACGUGGGAGCGGCUGCGCGAGUGCGUGUGCGAGUGUGGGCGCGAGUGCGUGCGCGAGUGCGUGCGCGAGUGCGAGUGCGUGCGGGAGCGCGUGCGCGAGUGCGUGUGCGAGUGUGGGCAAGAGUGCGUGCGCGAGUGUGCGCGUGAGUGCGCGUGGGAGCGGGUGCGCGAAUGCGUGUGCGAGUGUGGGCGCGAGUGCGUGCGCGAGUGCGUGCGCGAGUGCGAGUGCGUGCGCGAGUGCGUGCGGGAGCGUGUGCGCGAGUGCGUGUGCGAUUGUGGGCAAGACGUGUGCGAGUGUGGGCGCGAGUGCGUGCGCGAGUGCGUGUGGGAGCGCUUGCGCGAGUGCGUGUGCGAGUGUGGGCAAGAGUGCGUGCGCGAAUGUGCGCGUGAGUGCGCGUGGGAGCGUGUGCGCGAGUGCGUGUGCGAGUGUGGGCGCGAGUGCGUGCGCGAGUGCGUGCGCGAGUGCGAGUGCGUGCGGGAGCGCGUGGGCGAGUGCGUGUGCGAGUGUGGGCAAGAGUGUGUGCGCGACUGUGCGCGUGAGUGCGCGUGGGAGCGGGUGCGCGAGUGCGUGUGCGAGUGUGGGCGCGAGUGCGUGCGCGAGUGCGUGCGCGAGUGCGAGUGCGUGCGCGAGUGCGUGCGGGAGUGCGUGCGCGAGUGCGUGUGCGAGUGUGGGCAAGAGUACGUGCGCGAGUGUGCGCGUGAGUGCGCGUGGGAGCGGGUGCGCGAGUGCGUGUGCGAGUGCGUGCGCGAGUGCAUGCGGGAGCACGUGCGCCAGUGCGUGUGCGAGUGUGGGCAAGAGUGCGUGCGCGAGUGCGUGCGCGAGUGCGAGGGCGUGCGCGAGUGCGUGCGCGAGUGCGAGUGUGGGCGCGAGUGCGUGCGCGAGUGCGUGCGCGAGUGCGAGUGCGUGCGCGAGUGCGUGCGGGAGCGCGUGCGCGAGUGCGUGUGCGAGUGUGGGCAAGAGCGCGUGCGCGAGUGUGCGCGUGAGUGCACGUGGGAUCGGCUGCGCGAGUGCGUGUGCGAGUGUGGGCAAGAGUGCGUGCGCGAGUGCGAGUGUGGGCGCGAGUGCGUGCGCGAGUGCGUGCGCGAGUGCGAGUGCGUGCGCGAGUGCGUGCGGGAGCGCGUGCGCGAGUGCGUGUGCGAGUGUGGGCAAGAGCGCGUGCGCGAGUGUGCGCGUGAGUGCACGUGGGAGCGGCUGCGCGAGUGCGUGUGCGAGUGCGUGCGCGAGUGCGUGCGCGAGUGCGAGUGUGGGCGCGAGUGCGUGCGCGAGUGCGUGCGCGAGUGCGAGUGCGUGCGUGAGUGCGUGAGGGAGCGCGUGCGCGAGUGCGUGUGCGAGUGUGGGCAAGAGCGCGUGAGCGAGUGUGCGCGUGAGUGCACGUGGGAGCGGCUGCGCGAGUGCGAGUGCGAGUGCGUGCGCGAGUGCGUGCGCGAGUGCGAGUGUGGGCGCGAGUGCGUGCGCGAGUGCGUGCGCGAGUACGAGUGCGUGCGCGAGUGCGUGCGGGAGCGCGUGCGCGAGUGCGUGUGCGAGUGUGGGCAAGAGCGCGUGCGCGAAUGUGCGCGUGAGUGCACGUGGGAGCGGCUGCGCGAGUGCGUGUGCGAGUGCGUGCGCGAGUGCGUGCGCGAGUGCGAGUGUGGGCGCGAGUGCGUGCGCGAGUGCGUGCCGGAGUGCGAGUGCGUGCGCGAGUGCGUGCGGGAGCAGUGCGUGCGCGAGUGUGCGCGUGAGUGCGCGUGGGAGCGGGUGCGCGAAUGCGUGUGCGAGUGUGGGCAAGAGUGCGUGCGCGAGUGUGCGCGUGAGUGCGCGUGGGAGCGGGUGCGCGAGUGCGUGUGCGAGUGUGGGCGCGAGUGCGUCCGCGAGUGCGUGCGCGAGUGCGAGUGCGUGCGCGAGUGCGUGCGGGAGCGCGUGCGCGAGUGCGUGUGCGAGUGUGGGCAAGAGUGCGUGCGCGAGUGUGCGCGUGAGUCCGCGUGGGAGCGGGUGCGCGAAUGCGUGUGCGAGUGUGGGCGCGAGUGCGUGCGCGAGUGCGUGCGCGAGUGCGAGUGCGUGCGCGAGUGCGUGCGGGAGCGUGUGCGCGAGUGCGUGUGCGAGUGUGGGCAAGAGUGCGUGCGCGAGUGUGGGCGUGAGUGCGAGUGGGAGAGGGUGCGCGAAAGCGUGUGCGAGUGUGGGGGCGAGUGCGUGCGCGAGUGCGUGCGGGAGCGCUUGCGCGAGUGCGUGUGCGAGUGUGGGCAAGAGUGCGUGCGCGAGUGUGCGCGUGAGUGCGCGUGGGAGCGUGUGCACGAGUGCGUGUGCGAGUGUGGGCGCGAGUGCGUGCGCGAGUGCGAGUGCGUGCGCGAGUGCGCGCGGGAGCGCGUGGGCGAGUGCGUGUGCGAAUGUGGGCAAGAGUGCGUGCGCGAGUGUGCGCGUGAGUGCGCGUGGGAGCGGGUGCGCGAGUGCGUGUGCGAGUGCGUGCGCGAGUGCGUGCGGGAGCGCGUGCGCCAGUGCUGUGCGCGUGAGUGCGCGUGGGAGCGGGUGCGCGAGUGCGUGUGCGAGUGCGUGCGCGAGUGCGUGCGGGAGAGCGUGCGCCAGUGCGUGUGCGAGUGUGGGCAAGAGUGCGUGCGCAAGUGCGUGCGCGAGUGCGAGUGCGUGCGCGAGUGCGUGCGGGAGCGCGUGCGCGAGUGCGUGUGCGAGUGUGGGCAAGAGUGCGUGCGCGAGUGUGCGCGUGAGUGCGCGUGGGAGCGGGUGCGCGAGUGCGUGUGCGAGUGUGGGCGCGAGUGCGUGCGCGAGUGCGUGCGCGAGUGCGAGUGCUGUGGGCAAGAGUGCGUGCGCGAGUGUGCGCGUGAGUGCGCGUGGGAGCGGGUGCGCGAAUGCGUGUGCGAGUGUGGGCAAGAGUGCGUGCGCGAGUGUGCGCGUGAGUGCGCGUGGGAGCGGCUGCGCGAGUGCGUGUGCGAGUGUGGGCGCGAGUGCGUGCGCGAGUGCGUGCGCGAGUGCGAGUGCGUGCGGGAGCGCGUGCGCGAGUGCGUGUGCGAGUGUGGGCAAGAGUGCGUGCGCGAGUGUGCGCGUGAGUGCGCGUGGGAGCGGUGCGUGCGCGAGUGCGAGUGCGUGCGCGAGUGCGUGCGGGAGCGCGUGCGCGAGUGCGUGUGCGAGUGUGGGCAAGAGUGCGUGCGCGAGUGUGCGCGUGAGUGCGCGUGGGAGCGGGUGCGCGAGUGCGUGUGCGAGUGUGGGCGCGAGUGCGUGCGCGAGUGCGUGCGCGAGUGCGAGUGCGUGCGCGAGUGCGUGCGGGAGCAGUGCGUGCGCGAGUGUGCGCGUGAGUGCGCGUGGGAGCGGGUGCGCGAAUGCGUGUGCGAGUGUGUCCAAGAGUGCGUGCGCGAGUGUGCGCGUGAGUGCGCGUGGGAGCGGCUGCGCGAGUGCGUGUGCGAGUGUGGGCGCGAGUGCGUGCGCGAGUGCGAGUGCGUGCGCGAGUGCGUGCGGGAGCGCGUGCGCCAGUGCGUGUGCGAGUGUGGGCAAGAGUGCGUGCGCGAGUGUGCGCGUGAGUGCGCGUGGGAGCGGGUGCGCGAAUGCGUGUGCGAGUGUGGGCGCGAGUGCGUGCGCGAGUGCGUGCGCGAGUGCGAGUGCGUGCGCGAGUGCGUGCGGGAGCGCGUGCGCGAGUGCGUGUGCGAGUGUGGGCAAGAGUGCGUGCGCGAGUGCGUGCCGGAGUGCGAGUGCGUGCGCGAGUGCGUGCGGGAGCAGUGCGUGCGCGAGUGUGCGCGUGAGUGCGCGUGGGAGCGGGUGCGCGAAUGCGUGUGCGAGUGUGGGCGCGAGUGCGUGCGCGAGUGCGAGUGCGUGCGCGAGUGCGUGCGGGAGCGCGUGCGCCAGUGCGUGUGCGAGUGUGGGCAAGAGUGCGUGCGCGAGUGUGCGCGUGAGUGCGCGUGGGAGCGGGUGCGCGGGUGCGUGUGCGAGUGUGGGCGCGAGUGCGUGCGCGAGUGCGUGCGCGAGUGCGAGUGCGUGCGCGAGUGCGUGCGGGAACGCGUGCGCGAGUGCGUGUGCGAGUGUGGGCAAGAGUGCGUGCGCGAGUGUGCGCGUGAGUGCGCGUGGGAGCGGGUGCGCGGGUGCGUGUGCGAGUGUGGGCGCGAGUGCGUGCGCGAGUGCGUGCGCGAGUGCGAGUGCGUGCGCGAGUGCGUGCGGGAGCGCGUGCGCGAGUGCGUGUGCGAGUGUGGGCAAGAGUGCGUGCGCGAGUGUGCGCGUGAGUGCGCGUGGGAGCGCGUGCGCGAAUGCGUGUGCGAGUGUGGGCAAGAGUGCGUGCGCGAGUGCGUGCGCGAGUGCGAGUGCGUGCGCGAGUGCGUGCGGGAGCGCGUGCGCGAAUGCGUGUGCGAGUGUGGGCGCGAGUGCGUGCGCGAGUGCGUGCCGGAGUGCGAGUGCGUGCGCGAGUGCGUGCGGGAGCAGUGCGUGCGCGAGUGUGCGCGUGAGUGCGCGUGGGAGCGGGUGCGCGAAUGCGUGUGCGAGUGUGGGCAAGAGUGCGUGCGCGAGUGCGAGUGCGUGCGCGAGUGCGUGCGGGAACGCGUGCGCGAGUGCGUGUGCGAGUGUGGGCAAGAGUGCGUGCGCGAGUGUGCGCGUGAGUGCGCGUGGGAGCGGGUGCGCGGGUGCGUGUGCGAGUGUGGGCGCGAGUGCGUGCGCGAGUGCGUGCGCGAGUGCGAGUGCGUGCGCGAGUGCGUGCGGGAGCGCGUGCGCGAGUGCGUGUGCGAGUGUGGGCAAGAGUGCGUGCGCGAGUGUGCGCGUGAGUGCGCGUGGGAGCGGGUGCGCGAGUGCGUGUGCGAGUGUGGGCGCGAGUGCGUGCGCGAGUGCGUGCGCGAGUGCGUGCGCGAGUGCGAGUGCGUGCGCGAGUGCGUGCGGGAGCAGUGCGUGCGCGAGUGUGCGCGUGAGUGCGCGUGGGAGCGGCUGCGCGAGUGCGUGUGCGAGUGUGGGCGCGAGUGCGUGCGCGAGUGCGAGUGCGUGCGCGAGUGCGUGCGGGAGCGCGUGCGCCAGUGCGUGUGCGAGUGUGGGCAAGAGUGCGUGCGCGAGUGCGUGCGCGAGUGCGAGUGCGUGCGCGAGUGCGUGCGAGAGCGGCGGGUGCGCGAGUGCGUGUGCGAGUGUGGGCGCGAGUGCGAGUGCGUUUGCGAGUGCGUGCGCGAGCGCGAGUGCGAGUGUGGGCGCGAGUGCGUGCGGGAGUGCGUGCGCGAGUGCGAGUGCGUGCGGGAGCGGGUGCGCGAGUGCGUGUGCGAGUGUGGGCAAGAUUGCGUGCGCGAGUGUGCGCGUGAGUGCGCGUGGGAGCUGGUGCGCGAGUGCGUGUGCGAGUGUGGGCGCGAGUGCGUGCGCGAGUGCGUGCGCGAGUGCGAGUGCGUGCGGGAGCGCGUGCGCGAGUGCGUGUGCGAGUGUGGGCAAGAGUGCGUGCGCGAGUGUGCGCGUGAGUGCGCGUGGGAGCUGGUGCGCGAGUGCGUGUGCGAGUGUGGGCGCGAGUGCGUGCGCGAGUGCGUGCGCGAGCGCGAGUGCGAGUGUGGGCGCGAGUGCGUGCGGGAGUGCGUGCGCGAGUGCGAGUGCGUGCGGGAGCGGGUGCGCGAGUGCGUGUGCGAGUGUGGGCAAGAUUGCGUGCGCGAGUGUGCGCGUGAGUGCGCGUGGGAGCUGGUGCGCGAGUGCGUGUGCGAGUGUGGGCGCGAGUGCGUGCGCGAGUGCGUGCGCGAGUGCGAGUGCGUGCGGGAGCGCGUGCGCGAGUGCGUGUGCGAGUGUGGGCAAGAGUGCGUGCGCGAGUGUGCGCGUGAGUGCGCGUGGGAGCGGGUGCGCGAGUGCGUGUGCGAGUGUGGGCGCGAGUGCGUGCGCGAGUGCGUGCCGGAGUGCGAGUGCGUGCGCGAGUGUUGUGCGCGUGAGUGCGCGUGGGAGCGGGUGCGCGAAUGCGUGUGCGAGUGUGGGCAAGAGUGCGUGCGCGAGUGCGAGUGCGUGCGCGAGUGCGUGCGGGAACGCGUGCGCGAGUGCGUGUGCGAGUGUGGGCAAGAGUGCGUGCGCGAGUGUGCGCGUGAGUGCGCGUGGGAGCGGGUGCGCGGGUGCGUGUGCGAGUGGGUGCGCGGGUGCGUGUGCGAGUGUGGGCGCGAGUGCGUGCGCGAGUGCGUGCGCGAGUGCGAGUGCGUGCGCGAGUGCGUGCGGGAGCGCUGUGCGCGUGAGUGCGCGUGGGAGCGGGUGCGCGAAUGCGUGUGCGAGUGUGGGCAAGAGUGCGUGCGCGGGUGUGCGCGUGAGUGCGCGUGGGAGCGGCUGCGCGAGUGCGUGUGCGAGUGUGGGCGCGAGUGCGUGCGGGAGCGCGUGCGCGAGUGCGUGUGCGAGUGUGGGCAAGAGUGCGUGCGCGAGUGUGUGCGCGAGUGCGAGUGCGUGCGCGAGUGCGUGCGGGAGCGCGUGCGCGAGUGCGUGUGCGAGUGUGGGCAAGAGUGCGUGCGCGAGUGUGCGCGUGAGUGCGCGUGGGAGCGGGUGCGCGAGUGCGUGUGCGAGUGUGGGCGCGAGUGCGUGCGCGAGUGCGUGCCGGAGUGCGAGCGCGUGCAGUGCGUGCGCGAGUGUGCGCGUGAGUGCGCGUGGGAGCGGGUGCGCGAAUGCGUGUGCGAGUGUGGGCAAGAGUGCGUGCGCGAGUGCGAGUGCGUGCGCGAGUGCGUGCGGGAACGCGUGCGCGAGUGCGUGUGCGAGUGUGGGCAAGAGUGCGUGCGCGAGUGUGCGCGUGAGUGCGCGUCGGAGCGGGUGCGCGGGUGCGUGUGCGAGUGUGGGCCCGAGUGCGUGCGCGAGUGCGUGCGCGAGUGCGAGUGCGUGCGCGAGUGCGUGCGGGAGCGCGUGCGCGAGUGCGUGUGCGAGUGUGGGCAAGAGUGCGUGCGCGAGUGUGCGCGUGAGUGCGCGUGGGAGCGGGUGCGCGAGUUCGUGAGCGAGUGUGGGCGCGAGUGCGUGCGCGAGUGCGUGCGCGAGUGCGUGCGCGAGUGCGAGUGCGUGCGCGAGUGCGUGCGGGAGCAGUGCGUGCGCGAGUGUGCGCGUGAGUGCGCGUGGGAGCGGGUGCGCGAGUGCGUGUGCGAGUGUGGGCGCGAGUGCGUGCGCGAGUGCGUGCCGGAGUGCGAGUGCGUGCAGUGCGUGCGCGAGUGUGCGCGUGAGUGCGCGUGGGAGCGGGUGCGCGAAUGCGUGUGCGAGUGUGGGCAAGAGUGCGUGCGCGAGUGCGAGUGCGUGCGCGAGUGCGUGCGGGAACGCGUGCGCGAGUGCGUGUGCGAGUGUGGGCAAGAGUGCGUGCGCGAGUGUGCGCGUGAGUGCGCGUGGGAGCGGGUGCGCGGGUGCGUGUGCGAGUGUGGGCGCGAGUGCGUGCGCGAGUGCGUGCGCGAGUGCGAGUGCGUGCGCGAGUGCGUGCGGGAGCGCGUGCGCGAGUGCGUGUGCGAGUGUGGGCAAGAGUGCGUGCGCGAGUGUGCGCGUGAGUGCGCGUGGGAGCGGGUGCGCGAGUGCGUGUGCGAGUGUGGGCGCGAGUGCGUGCGCGAGUGCGUGCGCGAGUGCGUGCGCGAGUGCGAGUGCGUGCGCGAGUGCGUGCGGGAGCAGUGCGUGCGCGAGUGUGCGCGUGAGUGCGCGUGGGAGCGGGUGCGCGAAUGCGUGUGCGAGUGUGGGCAAGAGUGCGUGCGCGAGUGUGCGCGUGAGUACGCGUGGGAGCGGCUGCGCGAGUGCGUGUGCGAGUGUGGGCGCGAGUGCGUGCGCGAGAGCGAGUGCGUGCGCGAGUGCGUGCGGGAGCGCGUGCGCCAGUGCGUGUGCGAGUGUGGGCAAGAGUGCGUGCGCGAGUGCGUGCGCGAGUGCGAGUGCGUGCGCGAGUGCGUGCGGGAGCGCGUGCGCGAGUGCGUGUGCGAGUGUGGGCAAGAGUGCGUGCGCGAGUGUGCGCGUGAGUGCGCGUGGGAGCGGGUGCGCGAGUGCGUGUGCGAGUGUGGGCGCGAGUGCGAGUGCGUUUGCGAGUGCGUGCGCGAGCGCGAGUGCGUGCGUGAGUGCGUGCGCGAGUGCGUGUGGGAGUGUGGGCAAGAGUGCGUGCGCGAGUGUGCGCGUGAGUGCGUGUGGGAGCGGCUGCGCGAAUGCGUGUGCGAGUGUGGGCAAGAGUGCGUGCGCGAGUGUGCGCGUGAGUGCGCGUGGGAGCGGGUGCGCGAGUGCGUGUGCGAGUGUGGGCGCGAGUGCGUGCGCGAGUGCGUGCGCGAGUGCGUGCGCGAGUGCGAGUGCGUGCGCGAGUGCGUGCGGGAGCAGUGCGUGCGCGAGUGUGCGCGUGAGUGCGCGUGGGAGCGGGUGCGCGAAUGCGUGUGCGAGUGUGGGCAAGAGUGCGUGCGCGAGUGUGCGCGUGAGUGCGCGUGGGAGCGGCUGCGCGAGUGCGUGUGCGAGUGUGGGCGCGAGUGCUGCGUGUGCGAGUGUGGGCAAGAGUGCGUGCGCGAGUGCGUGCGCGAGUGCGAGUGCGUGCGCGAGUGCGUGCGGGAGCGCGUGCGCGAGUGCGUGUGCGAGUGUGGGCAAGAGUGCGUGCGCGAGUGUGUGCGUGAGUGCGCGUGGGAGCGCGUGCGCGAGUGCGAGUGCGAGUGUGGGCAAGAGUUCGUGCGCGAGUGUGCGCGUGAGUGCGCGUGGGAGCGGCUGCGCGAGUGCGUGUGCGAGUGUGGGCGCGAGUGCUGCGUGUGCGAGUGUGGGCAAGAGUGCGUGCGCGAGUGCGUGCGCGAGUGCGAGUGCGUGCGCGAGUGCGUGCGGGAGCGCGUGCGCGAGUGCGUGUGCGAGUGUGGGCAAGAGUUCGUGCGCGAGUGUGUGCGUGAGUGCGCGUGGGAGCGCGUGCGCGAGUGCGAGUGCGAGUGCGAGUGCGUGCGCGAGCGCGAGUGCGUGCGGGAGCAGUGCGUGCGCGAGUGUGCGCGUGAGUGCGCGUGGGAGCGGGUGCGCGAAUGCGUGUGCGAGUGUGGGCAAGAGUGCGUGCGCGAGUGUGCGCGUGAGUGCGCGUGGGAGCGGCUGCGCGAGUGCGUGUGCGAGUGUGGGCGCGAGUGCGUGCGCGAGUUGCGCGAGUGCGUGCGGGAGCGCGUGCGCCAGUGCGUGUGCGAGUGUGGGCAAGAGUGCGUGCGCGAGUGCGUGCGCGAGUGCGAGUGCGUGCGCGAGUGCGUGCGGGAGCGCGUGCGCGAGUGCGUGUGCGAGUGUGGGCAAGAGUGCGUGCGCGAGUGUGCGCGUGAGUGCGCGUGGGAGCGGGUGCGCGAGUGCGUGUGCGAGUGUGGGCGCGAGUGCGAGUGCGUUUGCGAGUGCGUGCGCGAGCGCGAGUGCGUGCGCGAGUGCGUGCGGGAGCGCGUGCGCGAGUGCGUGUGCGAGUGUGGGCAAGAGUGCGUGCGCGAGUGUGCGCGUGAGUGCGCGUGGGAGCGGGUGCGCGAGUGCGUGUGCGAGUGUGGGCGCGAGUGCGAGUGCGUUUGCGAGUGCGUGCGCGAGCGCGAGUGCGAGUGUGGGCGCAAGUGCGUGCGGGAGUGCGUGCGAGAGCGGGUGCGCGAGUGCGUGUGCGAGUGUGGGCAAGAGUGCGUGCGCGAGUGUGCGCGUGAGUGCGCGUGGGAGCGGGUGCGCGAGUGCGUGUGCGAGUGUGGGCGCGAGUGCGUGCGCGAGUGCGUGCGCGAGUGCGAGUGCGUGCGCGAGUGCGUGCGGGAGCGCGUGCGCGAGUGCGUGUGCGAGUGUGGGCAAGAGUGCGUGCGCGAGUGUGCGCGUGAGUGCGCGUGGGAGCGCGUGCGCGAAUGCGUGUGCGAGUGUGGGCAAGAGUGCGUGCGCGAGUGUGCGCGUGAGUGCGCGUGGGAGCGGCUGCGCGAGUGCGUGUGCGAGUGUGGGCGCGAGUGCUGCGUGUGCGAGUGUGGGCAAGAGUGCGUGCGCGAGUGCGUGCGCGAGUGCGAGUGCGUGCGCGAGUGCGUGCGGGAGCGCGUGCGCGAGUGCGUGUGCGAGUGUGGGCAAGAGUGCGUGCGCGAGUGUGUGCGUGAGUGCGCGUGGGAGCGCGUGCGCGAGUGCGAGUGCGAGUGUGGGCAAGAGUGCGUGCGCGAGUGCGUGCGCGAGUGCGAGUGCGUGCGCGAGUGCGUGCGGGAGCGCGUGCGCGAGUGCGUGUGCGAGUGUGGGCAAGAGUGCGUGCGCGAGUGUGCGCGUGAGUGCGCGUGGGAGCGCGUGCGCGAAUGCGUGUGCGAGUGUGGGCAAGAGUGCGUGCGCGAGUGUGCGCGUGAGUGCGCGUGGGAGCGGCUGCGCGAGUGCGUGUGCGAGUGUGGGCGCGAGUGCUGCGUGUGCGAGUGUGGGCAAGAGUGCGUGCGCGAGUGCGUGCGCGAGUGCGAGUGCGUGCGCGAGUGCGUGCGGGAGCGCGUGCGCGAGUGCGUGUGCGAGUGUGGGCAAGAGUGCGUGCGCGAGUGUGUGCGUGAGUGCGCGUGGGAGCGCGUGCGCGAGUGCGAGUGCGAGUGUGGGCAAGAGUGCGUGCGCGAGUGCGUGCGCGAGUGCGAGUGCGUGCGCGAGUGCGUGCGGGAGCGCGUGCGCGAGUGCGUGUGCGAGUGUGGGCAAGAGUGCGUGCGCGAGUGUGCGCGUGAGUGCGCGUGGGAGCGGGUGCGCGAGUGCGUGUGCGAGUGUGGGCGCGAGUGCGAGUGCGUUUGCGAGUGCGUGCGCGAGCGCGAGUGCGUGCGCGAGUGCGUGCGGGAGCGCGUGCGCGAGUGCGUGUGCGAGUGUGGGCAAGAGUGCGUGCGCGAGUGUGCGCGUGAGUGCGCGUGGGAGCGGGUGCGCGAGUGCGUGUGCGAGUGUGGGCGCGAGUGCGAGUGCGUUUGCGAGUGCGUGCGCGAGCGCGAGUGCGAGUGUGGGCGCAAGUGCGUGCGGGAGUGCGUGCGAGAGCGGGUGCGCGAGUGCGUGUGCGAGUGUGGGCAAGAGUGCGUGCGCGAGUGUGCGCGUGAGUGCGCGUGGGAGCGGGUGCGCGAGUGCGUGUGCGAGUGUGGGCGCGAGUGCGUGCGCGAGUGCGUGCGCGAGUGCGAGUGCGUGCGCGAGUGCGUGCGGGAGCGCGUGCGCGAGUGCGUGUGCGAGUGUGGGCAAGAGUGCGUGCGCGAGUGUGCGCGUGAGUGCGCGUGGGAGCGCGUGCGCGAGUGCGAGUGCGAGUGUGGGCAAGAGUGCGUGCGCGAGUGCGUGCGCGAGUGCGAGUGCGUGCGCGAGUGCGUGCGGGAGCGCGUGCGCGAGUGCGUGUGCGAGUGUGGGCAAGAGUGCGUGCGCGAGUGUGCGCGUGAGUGCGCGUGGGAGCGGGUGCGCGAGUGCGUGUGCGAGUGUGGGCGCGAGUGCGAGUGCGUUUGCGAGUGCGUGCGCGAGCGCGAGUGCGUGCGCGAGUGCGUGCGGGAGCGCGUGCGCGAGUGCGUGUGCGAGUGUGGGCAAGAGUGCGUGCGCGAGUGUGCGCGUGAGUGCGCGUGGGAGCGGGUGCGCGAGUGCGUGUGCGAGUGUGGGCGCGAGUGCGUGCGCGAGUGCGUGCCGGAGUGCGAGUGCGUGCGCGAGUGCGUGCGGGAGCAGUGCGUGCGCGAGUGUGCGCGUGAGUGCGCGUGGGAGCGGGUGCGCGAAUGCGUGUGCGAGUGUGGGCAAGAGUGCGUGCGCGAGUGCGAGUGCGUGCGCGAGUGCGUGCGGGAACGCGUGCGCGAGUGCGUGUGCGAGUGUGGGCAAGAGUGCGUGCGCGAGUGUGCGCGUGAGUGCGCGUGGGAGCGGGUGCGCGGGUGCGUGUGCGAGUGUGGGCGCGAGUGCGUGCGCGAGUGCGUGCGCGAGUGCGAGUGCGUGCGCGAGUGCGUGCGGGAGCGCGUGCGCGAGUGCGUGUGCGAGUGUGGGCAAGAGUGCGUGCGCGAGUGUGCGCUGUGGGCAAGAGUGCGUGCGCGAGUGUGCGCGUGGGAGCGGGUGCGCGAGUGCGUGUGCGAGUGUGGGCGCGAGUGCGUGCCCGAGUGCGUGCGCGAGUGCGAGUGCGUGCGCGAGUGCGUGCGGGAGCGCGUGCGCGAGUGCGUGUGCGAGUGUGGGCAAGAGUGCGUGCGUGAGUGUGCGCAGUGCGUGCGUGAGUGUGCGCGUGAGUGCGCGUGGGAGCGGGUGCGCGAGUGCGUGUGCGAGUGUGGGCAAGAGUGCGUGCGCGAGUGUGCGCGUGAGUGCGCGUGGGAGCGCGUGCGCGAGUGCGUGUGCGAGUGUGGGCGCGAGUGCGUGCGGGAGUGCGUGCGGGAGCGGGUGCGCGUGUGCGUGCGCGAGUGCGUGCGGGAGCGCUUGCGCGAGUGCGUGCGCGAGUGUGAGGUCGUGCGCGAGCGCUGCGUGCGCGAGUGCGUGCGCGAGUGCGAGUGCGUUCGCGAGUGCGUGCGCGAGUGCGAGUACGUGCGCGUGCGCGAGUGCGUGCGCGAGUGCGUGCGGAGCGCGAGUGCGAGUGCGAGUGUGGGAGCGCGCGGCCGCGUGAGCGCGUGA